AAAUCAGUGAAUCAAAUCAAAAAGGUAACAAAAUAUUCAAAACGCCGAUGAUCGCAGAAAAAUCUAUCAUUCUUGUUGUGUUUCUUUACUAUAAUUCAAUAAUACAUUUUAACAAUUAUUGAAUCAUGGCUGAAGGUAACGUUCAUCCAACAAAACGGCUUAGAUUAACUGGAAACUCGGACUGGCAUGCUUGUGCUAUACUGACUGACGAGUAUUCAAAGGAGUCUCCUCUUGUUCGCGUUUAUUUAAGUCAAUUGGAAAGUAAAAGCCAAAUAUCAAGUGUAAUGCAGGAACUAAGCAAAUUAUUGCCAAUGGAACACAUGGGUCUUCAACAUUUAAAGCGUGUUCGGCAGCAGGAAAUCAUAUUGUACAAAGUCAAAGAUAUUAAUAACCAAACCUCAAGAAAAUAUUUAAAUUCUCUAGGAUUCAGCAAAGAAACCGUUGAAAUUUUAUGCAGAGAUGUACGUGAAUAUGAUGUUCCGGCUUUCCCGCCCAGGUUACGCUGGCAAUAUGAAUUAGCACAGCAGCGUUGGCCAAGCAAAUUUCAUGCAAACAAAUAUAUGGAACUACUUUACGACGGGAGUAUGUUUAGCGAGGGGCAACGAAUUUUCCACUCCAAGGUUUGGCUUUUACUGAAUUCAAUUUCAAGUGAGUUGGAGCACAAUAAGCCAUGUAGUAUUUGCAUAGAUCCGCGUAACGAUACAGUGGUUGCUUUGGCGGCCAGUAGGACUACUCUAAAUCCUGUAAUGCAUUGUCCAAUGGUGUUGGUAGAUUUCGUAGCACGUACACAGAGUGGCGGUGCUUGGCUAAAGGAAUUUUCAAACGAGUUUCAAAGUAUUUACAAAGAUUCCGACAGCAGCAAUGAUUUUUAUUCCGUUACAAACGGAAUACCUGAGAAAUAUUUGGAGUUUAUUCAAUCAGAUGCACGUUUUAAAGACUUAAAAAUUGGCGCAGAACCUCUAAGAACAAAAACUACGGUGCAGUCGGCGGAGCAAACUACACAAGUUGAAGACAACUUGGUAAAAUAUGGCCCCUAUUUAUGUACCGGAUAUGAUGUGUAUUUGAGCCAAGAGCCGUGUCUAAUGUGUGCUAUGGCGCUGGUACACAGUCGCGUGAGAAGAAUAUAUUUUGAUAAACGUUCUACGAAUGGAGCAUUAGUAACUCGAUUAAAGCUACAUUCUGUAAAGGAAUUGAACCAUCACUACGAAGUUUUUGAAUGCAAAAGAAAAUCCAAUAACGAAUGUUGUAGGUGACGUAUGUGCUAUUA